GCAUAAUCUGUCUAACGUGCUCCAAAGUAACUUACUAAAUCUAUCUACAAGAAGCCUUCAGUGAAGUUUAAUAAUUUGUGAAGAGGAAAAAACAAACGUUUAAAAUACAAAAUAUUGCAUAAGACUUAAAGAAAAUUAAAGGCAUACAAAAAAGUGAUAUUAAUAUUUGCUGCAUAAAGUGUGGCUAACAUAAAACCUAAUAACAUAUUCAAUCGAUUUUUAUCUGUGAUUCCAAAGUAUCUAUAAACAUAAUUAUUUCCAUCUUUAACAUCAACAAAAAUAAUGACACAACCUCUGCGUCUUGCCAUCAUCGGACAAAGCAACUUUGCUGCUGAUGUCCUGGAAUUGUUGCUCGAAAAGAAUUUUCAUAUUGCUGGAGUGUUCACUAUUCCCGACAAAGGUAGCCGGGAAGACAUUCUUGCCAGCACAGCUAAGCGUUAUGAUAUUCCUGUAUUUAAAUUUCCCUCCUGGCGUCGCAAAGGUGUGGCCAUUCCUGAGGUUCUCGAUAAAUACAAGUCAAUUGGAGCUACUUUGAAUGUUCUCCCAUAUUGUUCACAAUUCAUUCCAAUGGAAGUGAUUGAAGGUGCUGAGCUAGGCAGCAUUUGUUAUCAUCCAUCUGUGUUGCCACGGCAUCGAGGUGCUAGCGCCAUCUCUUGGACUAUGAUUGAGGGAGAUGAUAUAGCCGGAUUUUCGAUCUUUUGGGCUGAUGAUGGUUUGGAUACUGGCCCAUUGCUCUUGACUAAACAAUGUCCAUUGGAAUCAACCGAUACUCUGGAUACUAUUUACAAAAGAUUCCUUUAUCCUGAGGGAGUAAAAUCCAUGGGAGAAGCUGUCGAAAUGGUAGCAAAGGGAACUGCUCCAAAAAUCCCUCAAACUGAUAUCGGUGCGACUUAUGAUCCAGCUAUGUUUAGGGAGGAAAAUCAAAUUGUUGAUCUCAAUCAAACCGCCAUGAGAAUAUUUAACUUCAUCCGUGGUCUUGAUUCCGUACCAGGUGCCUUGGCAGUAGUUGAGAACGAUGAUGGAACGGAGGAGAAAAUCCGCCUAUUCGGAGCACACAUCUAUUCAGCGGGGCCGGUUAAGGGUCCAUCUAUAAGACUUAAGGGAUUAAAGAAAUCCGCUUACAUACAUGAAGAUGGUCUGUUAAUCCAAGGCACCGAUAAUUGUUUUGUGAAUGUUAGAAGGGUGAAAAAAGGUUCCAAAAUGAUCGCUGCAAGUGACUGGUUCAAUCAGACACAAGCUCAACAAAUCGACGAUCUCACGGAAGAGGAACUUAGCAAGAAAGAUGUUAUUCGGGGAAUUUGGAAUUCCAUCCUUAAGAUUCCGAUUGAAGGCGACGUGGAUUUCUUUUCCUCUGGAGCUGGCUCCAUGGAUGUCGUUCGACUGAUCGAAGAAUGCAAAGACGCUUUAGAUAUACCUCUUGAGAAUGAAGCCGUUUUUAUGGCUCCAGUGUUUGAUGAGUUCUUCUUGGAAGUUGUUAAAGCUCUGCGACAGGGCAAUUUGGGUUCAAAUAUGAAAGUUUACUUCGAUGGUUUCGUCAUGCAUGCCAAUAAGAAAGAAAUCCCGGUACCUACUCAGCUUUUCAUCAAUGGCAAAUUCAUUGAUGCCGAAGGCAGACAAACAACUGAGAUAGUCAAUCCAACAAACGCUGAAGAACUUUGUAAAGUUGCGUGCGCUUCAGUGAAUGACAUUGAUCUGGCGGUACAAGCUGCUCACAAAGCUUUCAACGGUCCGUGGAAGCAAGUGUCAGCACGACAACGAGGUCAACUUAUGAUGAAACUGGCCGAUAUGAUGGAACAGCAUAAAGAGGAGCUGGCUACGAUUGAAGCUGUAGAUUCUGGAGCUGUGUACACUCUUGCUCUGAAAACACACGUCGGAAUGUCAAUUGAUGCCUGGAGAUACUUUGCUGGUUGGUGUGAUAAAAUUCAAGGCAGUACAAUCCCAGUGAAUCCUGCAAGACCAAAUAAUGUCUUGACUUUUACGAAAAAAGAACCAAUUGGUGUUUGUGGUCUGAUCACACCUUGGAACUAUCCUCUAAUGAUGCUCUCAUGGAAAAUGGCUGCCUGCAUUGCUGCUGGCAAUACUUGCAUCAUCAAACCAGCGCAGGUUUGCCCUCUGACAGCUCUGAAAUUUGCCGAACUCUCAGUAAAGGCAGGUUUUCCACCGGGCGUGAUAAAUGUUGUCCCCGGUAUGGGUUCGGUUGCUGGCCAGGCUUUGGCCGACCAUCCUUUGGUGAGAAAAUUAGGUUUCACUGGAUCGACCCCAAUCGGGAAAACUAUCAUGAAGUCUUGUGCCCAGUCUAAUAUCAAGAAAUGUUCUCUCGAACUCGGUGGAAAAAGUCCGCUAGUCAUCUUCGCUGAUUGUGAUCUUGAUAAAGCUGUUAAGCACGGAAUGUCAUCGGUCUUCUUUAACAAAGGUGAAAACUGCAUUGCAGCUGGACGACUCUUCGUAGAGGACAAAAUUCAUGAUGAAUUCAUUCGAAGAGUUGUCAAAGACCUGCGCACCAUGACCAUUGGCGACCCUCUUAACCGAUCCACAGCUCAUGGCCCACAAAACCAUCGGGCACACUUUGAGAAACUCAUUGAAUUCGCAAAAAAAGGAGUGGCCGAAGGGGCAACACUCGUCUACGGAGGCAAACCAGUACCAAACAGCAAAGGUUUCUUCUUCCAACCCACCGUUUUCACCGAUGUAGAGGACCACAUGUUCAUCGCCAAAGAAGAAUCCUUCGGACCAAUUAUGAUUGUUUCGAAAUUCAAUGGAUCCGAUAUUGAUUCGGUGAUGAAGCGAGCAAACAGCACCGAGUACGGUCUCGCCUCGGGAGUGUUUACACGGGACAUCACAAAAGCUCUGGCAUUUGCAGAUCGAGUUGAAGCCGGAACUGUGUUUGUUAAUGUUUACAACAAGACUGAUGUAGCCGCGCCCUUUGGUGGCUUCAAGCAAAGUGGUUUCGGUAAGGACUUGGGACAGGAAGCCCUCAACGAAUAUCUGAAGACCAAGUGUGUGACAAUAGAAUAUUGAUUGAUAUCAUUCCCCCGAAUCUCAUAGCAUGUAAUUAAUUUAUUUUAAAGGAAUAAUAAAACCUAGCAUAAGCUCUUUUCUAUUAGAAAAAGAAAUAUUUUUUGAUAUCUCUCUUGGCAAAGGAAAAUAAUAGAAAAUGUGCAGAAGUUGCAACAAAAAGAUUGGAAAUAAAACGAAGUAAAUUGGGUCAAUUCGAUUGUAAUCCAGUUUGGCGGACAUUUUUGUGA